GUCUAUCUGGAUCAUUCAAUUGCUCAACUUGAUAAACUGAGCAGGUUUUUGCGAUACAUCGAUCGGUGGCUUGUUAUAUUAAUCAUUUUAUACUCCAUGAUUAGAAUUUUGGUGUUAUUUGGGUUUCAGAUACUGCACUCGGAUAAGCUAAGUGUACUCUUCCAAUUCCUUCAGCAAGCAAGUGCUUUGAACAUGACAACUUCUCGCUACUCAUACAUCUUCACAAACAUGGAUUUGUUUCUUAUUGAAGAAUACAUCAAUACAGCGAGCAGCGUUUUUGAAUGUAAUAUUAGCGGUUUUCGCAUUGUGAAGACUGAUCCAUUAAUGAAGACAGAAGUUGGGCUGACGAGUGAUGCAGUAGCUGUGGUUGGGAAGGCUUUAACGAAGUUGAGAAGUGAUGGUGUUCAUAUUGCUGCCGAGACAAUAGUUUGUGAAGAGGGUGGUGUUUGGACGGGAGGCGUUUAUUUGAAUCGCGCUAUUAGACAGGUAGAAAUGGAGACGUCAGCGACAGGAAUUCUCAAUUUCAACGAGACGGGUCAGCGUUCGAUGUUGGUGCUGGACGGCAUAAAGCGAAUCAAUAGUCAGUUCGUCAAGAAAUCGGCGUGGCAAGCUCGUGCCCGUAAAAUGGCCAAUGAUCUCGACGCCCGCAGCAAUUUACCGUGA